AUGGAUGUGGUAGGAUUGAUUUCUGGUGGAAAAGACAGUUGCUACAAUAUGAUGUGCGCCACGGAAGCUGGUAACCGCAUUGUCGCCUUGGCAAAUCUGCAUCCGGGAGAUCGUGGUGAGCUCGACUCCUAUAUGUAUCAAAGUGUUGGUAGCGAAGGGAUUGAGAUGAUAUCGAUUGCAAUGGAUUUACCGUUGUACAGAAGAGAAAUCAAAGGCACCCCGAUAAAUCAGGAGUAUGAAUACAGGGUAUGUUUAUUUUGUGGAAAUUUUGUUUACUUCAAAUGA